AUGCACCCAAUGCUGGACUUUGUCAACUUGCCGGCUUACGCAGCCGGCCCGCCUGCCGAGCCACGCACGAGCUGGGAGUAUCGGCUGAAGCGCCUGUCGGCCUCCGCCUCCGCCUCCCUCACCCGACUCCAGGAGAUGACGGAGUCAGAGGGCCUCAGGGCCUCAGACCUGCUGGCCGGCUUCAUGGAACGCCGGCGCUUCCCGGGCCAGUCGGCAGACGGUGCUCCGGUGCCUGGCUAUCAGUACCGGGUGGACCGGGCGGAGAGUGAUGCGGACGACCCCGAGCUGGGGGCGUCCACUGUGGAGGACGACGACGCCGUGGGAGGCAGCGGUGAAGGAGCAGGCGACCUCGGGGAGUGGCCGGAUGACGACGAUGAGGACAACGAGCCGCGCCGCGCUCAUGGCACCGACAGGACGGGUGCCGGCUCCUCGGCCGUGCCGGCCACUGCAGGCGCGCCCCACUUGUCGCGAGCCUCGUCCGGCUCGGUGAUCGGGGCGGCAGAAGGCUCCGCGGGCCCCCGCAGCGUAGAUCCUCUCGCCGACCUCCAGCAGGCGACGGAGAGGAACGCGCGGGAGGCGCGAGAAGAGCGGGAGGCCGCGGCCCGGGAGAAGGCGGAGGCGGCCAAGGCGACAAAAGCGGAGGCCGAUGCCACGGCCAAGGCCGAAGCCGACACAGCGGCCAGGGAGCAGGCGGACGUGGCCGCCAAGGCACAGGCGGAGGAGGCGUCCCGCAGCCGAGCUCUGGAGUCCACCUGCCCGCAGCACGUGGAUCCGCCGGUGCCAGAGGGCCAGGCGCCGACAAGAGAGGCUGGCGCUGAUCAGUCGGCCUUGGAGAGGGGAGGGGGCGACCAUGUUGUCUUGGGGGCGGAGGACUACCACAACAUCCGCGCGGCCGCCUUCAAUUCCCAGGUCCAGGAGCUGGCCAAGCGGACCACCGACCUGAACCAGAGCUGGAAGGCCACCGCAGAUCUGCGGAAGUGCCUGGGCGAGGUGGAAUCCGAGCUCCGCACCAAGGAGCAAGAGCGCAGCCAGGCGGCCCAGGAGUGCGACCGCCUGACCAAGGAGCUGGCGGACCAGGCGGAGCGGCACAAGGCGGAGCUCCAAAAGCUGAAGGACAGCGAGGCUCACCUCCAGGCCGAGUUCGAGACUCAACGCUCGAACUGGGCCGAGAAGGAGAAGAUUAUGACCGACGGCUAUGAGUUCUUUCCCGAUCAAUCCGUCACCGUCAGCCAGGCCAUCGAGGCACGACGCGACAUGCAAAGGAGGGCUGGCGCGGAAAUUGUGCCCAAUGUGCCCCGGACUCUCGGCGAGCAACUUCUUACCGUCCAGGCGCGCCUGCGGCCGGUUCACGGGAUGCUCCGCCGCCUGCAGCGUGCCUGGUCUCAGGUGCUGUCUGCCCUCUGGCCGGAUGCUCAGGUCCCACGCACCCCCAACCGGAUUGCCGACUGGUCGGAGAUAGUAGUCGGACGCUUCGAGGCUUGGAAGGGCGCCGCAGCUUGGGCUGGCGCCAAGACGGCCUUGGAGUUUGUCAAGGCAUGGUAUCCAAGCCUGGACCUGGCCUAG